GCAUCACGAGCUUUCAGUAGGAAUGCAAGAGAGAGAUGGAAUAUAUAAAUGCAGUGAUGGCGACAGCUGCAGAGGAGAUCUCAGAAAACACUGAGACACCAAUGUCUUUCAAAAGCGCAAGGAAAAGCCAUGAUAGACCCUGGAAACUGAGUCUAAUUUAUCUGCAGUGCUAUUUUUUAACGAUAGCUACAAUUCUGGGGACCGGGAUCCUGGGAUUGCCGGUAACGAUUGCUCGGGCAGGUCUGGUGCCUUUCCUGAUCUCCUUUCUUAUAGGCUUUGUAGUGCAGGCUCUGCUCAUAUACCUGUUUGUAGAUUUGCUGCAGCGAUGCCGUUUAGCCCAACUUGAGGCACUGAAGACUGCAGAGACGGAGAGGAUCUUAAUGGAGGAAGUGGGUUCUGAAGAACCUCCGACACUUAAUGCAGAAGAGGAAGAGGAUGGGGAGGAAGUGGAAGAGGCAGAUGCAGGUCUUCUGCAGAGGGGUGUCACAGCACGGAGGCAAGAUGAGGACCUCCAGCCAAAUCUGCACGUGCUGGGAGUUCUCUUCCUGGGCAAGCAUACCAGCCGUGCUUUCAACUUUGUUCUGCUCUUUCAGUUUGUGUCCAUUGGGAUCAGUUACGUCCUGGCGGGAAGUGAGGCCUAUGCUGCACUUUUUCAUACCAGUCAUGUCUACGUGAUCCCUGCAUUUACAUGGACGCUCUCAUUGGGUAUUCUCCUGGCCCAGAUCAUCAUUCAGCCCAUUACUUCACUGCUGACUCUCCUUAAAGGAAUACUGCUGGUUAUUACCGUGGCCGUGACAUUUGUUGUGGGUUCAGAAGUUCACCAAGAGACCACGAAUGACUUCAGCCAAAUCGGGAAACCUUUUCUAAUGGGAACAGUCGCUCUCGGUGGGAUUGUCAACGUCAUGCCUUUUUUAUUUUCAGAAAUCUCCCAUGUUAAAACACAGGUCUUAUGGUUCAGAAGAGCUGUACUAGGAGGACUUGCCACAUGCACACUAUUAAAUAUAUUAUGGUGUUGGGCAGUUUUAGAGAUUGUUCCCCAGAUGGCUGUGGAGUCAGUGCUGGAGGAGAAACUCUUAAAUAGGAGUGCAGGACAAACAGAGGCGACUCAUCCAGUGCACACAUUUAUCUACUCCAACAUCUCCCUCGAGGACUCAGGAAAGGCAGGGGAGAUUGCGACGAUACCACUAACCAAGGUCAUAACACAGAGGUACAGCCGGUUCUCAUGGGUGGCAGAGCUGAUCCAGAUCUUCAUCACCAUCAGUGUAACUGUGAGCUUCCUCGUGAUGGGCACAGCCAUGAAGCACACGAUUGAUGGUCUCGUCGGCACACACUGGGCGGAGAAUGCGGAAUGGAUGGCGAGAAUCAGCGUGAGGCUAUUGCCCCAUAGCUCACAGUGGAGGACAUUAGCCCAGAGCUUACAGCACUGCAGACGGUUUUUCAGCAGUUUCAUGUCCUUUCUGGCUUUCGGCCUCAUUUUUGUCAUUUCAGCUUGUGAUCCGAAGGGAUUUGUUGUGAUGCUUGACAAAGUGGUCUCCUUCUCCUUAAACACAGAGGUGGGUUUGUUCAUCUUCCUCAUGCUGAGGACCUCCAGAUCUGAGCGUUUUAAGCAUCUGACAGUGCCUCUGGCGGUGAGCGAGAGACUCUUCAGGCUCCACUGGCUGCUGCCCAUCUACUUCCUGUUCGCUGUGGCUUAUGACAUCUUCCAGAGCAUCCUAGAGAUCACUGAGAACAUGUCGCUCGUCCUCCACACCAAUUCUUCUCUUGGAUGAGAGAGCUGAGAGAGACUGGAUAUCAGGUGGGGCAAAAUGCUGCUGAGAUGCCUCAGGAAUGAACAGUUAUUACCUCACACUGUGCCAGUGAGCCAAACCCAACACACACAACACAGCUCAUGUUUUCACUACUAUAGAUGGUAGUGCAUCAAUAGCACAUACUGAUCACAGAACGAGCCUAAGGCCGUGCCACGUCUCACGCAAAAGAUUUAUAGUUGUUCUUCAGGCAAAACAGCCCCUCAUUCACGCAUGCUAAGAAUAUAUUUCAUAUCCCCCCACUUCAUUUUAAUCCAGUAAAUUGCAUGUACUCCCAGUGAGUUAUGGAAGCAUAUUUUGAUUUUGUCAACAAUGCACUGUGAUUAAAUCUGCAGUCGCACCAUCAAACCAUAGCAACGUUCCCAGAAAAGCUGUUACUUUUAACAAAGAGAUCUUUAAGGAAAUCAUGGGCUAUUAUUGUUGUCCAGUAAAUAAUUUGUGAUUUAACGAGCAGGCUGUAGCGCUUUGACAAGGAAUAAACCACGAACUGCAGAAUAAAAUAUAGUGAUUUGAUUUGAGAGGUGUGAGUAGGGUUGGGAAUUGAAAAUCGAUUCCAAUUCUGGACGUUAAGGUCAGGAAUCAGAUGUGUUAUAAAAUUAAAAUUUUGAUUCCUCUUAACAAUUAAUUUGUGUGUCUUUUAAUAUGACGUUAAACCAUUCAAGUGCAAGAACAACUAGCGUGCCAUUUUCUGUGCUGUGCACAGAAAGCCACCUCUUGUACUGAAUAGUGGAUGACACUAAACUCGUACUGAAGUUCUCUUCCACAUCUUUUUGCUCUUGAACAGACAAAUACACACCAAAAUGUCAAAAUAUCCUCGUAAACACAGUGGCUUAUGUGUCAAGUGAACGUAAACAGUUGACAAAAACACAUGACAGUAUAUCCGUGCAGCUCUUAAAGUGAAGGCAGCCUAAUAUUCCUGCUGUCUCUAUAAUAACGUUGAACAACAAAAAACACAGAAAAUUCACUCUCUUGUUCUUGACUGAAUAAAGUUUGUAACUAUAUUUGUAAUGUAAAAUAACACUGCACUUUAAAAAUAAAAUAUACAUUUGAUUGCAGUUUCUA